ACAUGGAUAUACCGCCUCUGAUGAAUGACAAUCUCGUUACAGAACUACGUCGCCCUUCAAAAACAAGAAUUUUACUUGCGAUAUUAGUGAUAUUUCUUGUUUUGUUGCUUGUUGUGGCAUGUGCAUUCGCCAUUCUUUUCGCUCUCGACAAAAAACAUGAAGAUAAGGAUAUGGUGAACGUGUGCUACGAGAAGUCAUGCGUUAUUACCGCAGGAGAAAUAUCAAAGAAACUAAAUACAUCAGUUGACCCGUGUGACGACAUUUAUCAGUACAGCUGUGGAGGUUUCAUAGAAAAUAACUUCGUUCCUGAUGAAUACCAGGAACUCUCAACUUUUGACAUCUUAGUUCACAAAGUUCAAGACAGGAUUGCAGCUUUUCUCGAUAAAGGUCAUUCGAAAAAUAUUUCUGGUUCCGCUGUUGCCAAAAUGUUUGACUUUUACACUUCGUGCAUGAAUGUAAAGUACAUUGAAAAUUCUGAUCUACGUCUCAUACAUAAUUUGCUCAAGAGAUACAUCUCUACUCCUAUAAAUGCAAACUGGACUCUCGAAAGAAUCUUGGGUCGUGUCUUGACCAAUUUUGGCGAUGGGGUGUUUUUUGAUUGUGGAGUCAGGCGCUUGCCGUAUGAUACAUCUCGUAACAAAUUUGCUGUUACUAGUGGAUAUGUUGGUAUGAUAAAGAUGGCGACAAUGAAUGAUGAAGCUCUGCAAAAUAGAACCUCGAAAGUAUCGCCUUACGAGCAAUUUAUGAACACGACCUUUCAAUUACUUGGAAUUAACAUCUCCGUCAAAAGUGUUCUGCAAAUGGAAAAUGAAUUCCAACGGUUACGUCGUCAAGUGAACGGGACAGAUAAUUACACUAUGAUGACUGUAGCCGAGCUGAACAACCACACAGAUGGAAAGUUCAACUGGACGAUUUAUUUCAAUGAAGUUCUGAGCGUCGUUGGAAAAUCAGUUGAUAAAGAUACACAAGUGCUUGUUUUCACACCGGGAAAGCUGAAGUUGAUUGCAAACUUCCUGGCUAAAUAUCCAACAGAAAUGAUAGUCAACGAAAUCACCUGGUAUAUUGUGAAUAGUAUGAUACAUGCAUUACCCAAGAGAUUCCGAGAUGCACAUAACGAUUUCUUCAGAGCACUAACAGGAGUCGAAGCUCCACCGUCCAGACGGAGAAAAUGUGUCGACGAAACGAAUUUACACUUCAUGUAUCCCGUUGCAAAGUUUUACGCUGAAAGAUAUUUUCCCGAUAAUGCCAAGCAGCAGGUGUUUGAUCUUUUCCAUGAAAUACGAAAGCAGUUUCUUGAAGGAUUGAAUGAAGUCGAUUGGUUGGAUGAUAAAAGCCGAGCUGGAGCACGUUUGAAGUUGAUGAAAAUGAACGCAAGCGUUGGUUAUCCUAUAUUUGUGAAAGACACCGCUAAAUUGAACAAAAAGUACGAAAACUAUCUUGUGGACGACAUUAACUUCUUUGAAAAUACGUUGAAAGUUUUAAAAGCCCAUUUCGUUGAUAAUUACUUGAAGACUAUGGACAGUCCACCUGACAAUACAGGGUUUAUAAUACCUCCUACUUGGGUGAACGCUGCUUAUUAUGCAUUCAUAAACAGAGUAGUUAUUUUCCUUGGACUUUUGACCAAGCCGUUUUAUGGACCUGAGCAGUUAAUGUCGUUCAAUUAUGGUGGCGUUGGUGUGGUUAUCGCUCAUGAAAUCGCUCACGGAUUUGAUAAUAGUGGAGUAUUUUAUGAUGAAUACGGAAAUCGGAGACAAUGGAUGACAGACCAGACAAUAAAGAAUUACACUGCGAAAACACAAUGCUUGGUUGAUCUGUACAGUAAUACGUAUGUCUACGGCAGAAAGAUAGACGGGAAUCAGACACUCUCUGAAAAUAUUGCUGAUGUUGUUGGAAUCAAAUACGCCUAUCGAGCGUACAAGAGAUGGCUUGAAACUAAUGGAGAACAGGCGAAAUUACCUGGAUUAGAUUUCAACGACGAACAACUUUUCUUCCUUUCUUAUGCUCAGAAUCGUUUUGAAAAGAAUCGACCACUAAUGAAAUCAUUUGCUUUAUUCACACCUAAUCAAUUUGACGAGCUCUCGAGCAAGUACAAGACCUCUCACGAUCUUCAAUCUGCAGUGAAAGCCUUUUGUGAUGUGUAUAAAAUAGGUUCCCACAGAUGCGCUACUGAACUGUUAAGCUUUUCAGAAACAUUUAAAAGAUUUGACUGUUCUCAGGUUACAACUCAAGAUGACCAUGAUCAUAAUGAGCUGAACUUUGAAAGUAUUGAUGUUGGUGAUGGUGAUGAUGAUGAUGAUGAAAAUCAUUCUGAUACUGAGAUAAGUAAGCAUUGGAAUAAUGCGUCAAUUACCGAGAAGGCUAAAAUUCCGUCAUUCUUAGAUGCCUUGAAGCUGCUUUGUUUUCCAAAGUACCAUUUAGUCGACGCAUACUCAACAUUAUGCAAAGUUUAUUCAAUUGCAGUGGCCAUACCCAUUAGCUCAGCAACUGCUGAACGUUCUUUUUCUUCGCUGAAGAGGGUAAAAACGAGGAUUCGAUCUACGGUGGUACAGGGACGCUUGGAAUCAUUGCUUUUAAUGGAGUUGAAAGGGAAACUCUCCUUUCUAUCGACAAAGAUAGAAUCAUAA